CAACGAGCUGCGCUACACUAUCAUUACUGAAGAUUGACACGUAAUUUCUCAUUUUGAACGAUGUAAAACUGCCUGUUAAAAAUGGAAAAUUUAGACGCGGCGUGGCUCACAUCUUUACACAUUUUAUUCUUUCUUUUAGCUGUGACUUGUGCAUCAUUUAACAGUGACAAUGUCUUAUUUCAGUUGCAAUUUCCUGGUGCUUCUUCCCCUGGCCAAAUGGAGCAGUUUGCAGAUAACAUUCUCACCAUGACAACUGCCAACAAUGAGCAAUACCAAUGUAUCGUUCCUCCUGAGAAUGACCCCAAUGCACAGAACGUUCUAUCAUACGAUGGCCCGUCAGCCAAUAAGCUCAUGGAACCCGUCUUGAAAGGGGGAUCUUGCACUUUGAGGGUUGAAACAUAUUGGACUUAUGAGCUUUGUCAUGGUAUGCACCUACGACAGUUUCAUGAAGAAAAACUACCAGGCAGGGACACCAAAAAGCAAGAGUUUUUCCUGGGAAAAGACUUUGCAUACCCUCCAGAUGAGCAGUUUGCCUGUCAAAAUAUAUCAAAGAUAAAAGGUCCAGCAAAAGAUAUAAAAGUGCCUACAAUAUACAUGGAAGGGAAGGACAUUCCGUUCUUUGAGGUCAUCAUGGGUAAUGGCACGCCCUGUGACCUGAAGAGCAAUACACCACGGCUGACCAGGGUCAAGUAUAUAUGUGACAAGAACGGCAGAGGUGACAUCUUAUCACUAAAGGAGACCAGUACGUGUGAAUACGAAGCCAUUCUCUUCUCGGCACACCUAUGUAGUCAUCCUCUGUACAGAUUGAAAGAAUCCCCCAUCAACAUGAUUCGAUGCCAUGCAAUGGAUGGUUCGCCAGCCAAUCCCGAGGCAUACGAGGCUCUUAAUAAAAAGGACAAUAUACAUCACGUUAGCCAGCCCAAGCAGGCCGAGACAGAUACGGACACCAAAAUAGUCCAGUCGGUGGACAGAGCCACCAGAGGACCGGUCACUUCUCUGGCCGAUGACCAGCUACUGAGAGACUUUCUACAGGGAGACUACUGCCUGCAUGGCGGCCAGGGCUGGUGGAAGUUUGAAUUCUGUUACGGAAAAUAUGCUCAGCAAUAUCAUCUGGAUAAAACAGGAAAAACAAUAGUAUUACUUGGUGCUUGGGAUGAGGAUGCACAUAAAAAAUGGUGGGCAGAUGCCAAAAAGGCCAAACCAUCAUCAAGUUCCAAACAAGUCACACAUUUUUAUUCUGGAGGUGAUAUGUGUGAUUUAACGGGAAAACCUCGUCAAGUUCAGGUGAAAUUAAAAUGCAAGGAAUCUCUUAGUCAGCACGCCGUCACCAUCUAUCUUGUAGAACCAGCUACUUGUGAUUAUAUUUUAGGAGUUGAAGCUUCAAUAAUUUGCCCGCUCUUGGAUUCAGCAGACGAAUUCGGUCUUCUUCACACCGACGAACCAAAACCCUAAAAUAAAAUAGUGUCUUCCAUGAGACGUCCUUUUUUAGUACUUUUCCAUUCUAAUUAUGCUAAUAUUAGUGAGGUCUCUGCUAUAUGGCCAUCCAUGGGAUUAGUCAUCAGACUGUGGAUCACAAGGUUGCUCAUUUGAGUUACAUGAACACUGUAACUUAACAUCAUCAAUCUGCUAAAUAUAUUACUCAUUGCGGAUGUAGUAUAAAAAAUAAUAGCGCUAGUGAUAUUCGUUUGUCUCACAAUGUAGGGUCAACAAGGGAUAUAAAAGAUCAUGAUGUUUCUUGCGCUGCUGCAAACUUCGUCAGGUGAUAAAAUCUAAUGUAAGCAAGUGUGUUUAUCUACUCUUAGAUUUUAUCACCUGACGAAGUGUUGCAGCGGGGCACGAAACGUGAUCUUUUAGAUUCCUUUUUGACCAUACAUUGCGAGACAAACGAAUAUCACUAGAGAUAUUACCGGUAUUUUCGAUUAUCAAUCUGUUUGAAAGAAAGUCAUAUUUAUGUUUAAUAUUAUCAGUUUAUUCAGUUGGUAUUAAAUAGGACAUAUGUUUUGGUUUGUAAGUUCAUUGUCUUUUUUUAUUAUGAUUGAAACCACCUAAAUAAUAUGUUACUUUUUCCAACUUCCAAUAAUUAGAUGGAAUUUCCCCCCCCCCCCUCCAUUUCUGACAUUGAAGGGUAUGGUGUAUAUCUAGUAAACUAUUGCAAAUCAUAUUAUGCGAUAUGAUCCAGGACUUAUUUUUGUGAAUUAUGUACACAUUUAUUUUGAAAGAUUUUAUGCUUUAUCUCAACUGGGCACUUAAGGAUUUUAAUUAAUUUUUUACUUUUUGUUUAAAGUUAUGGUUUAAGGUACCAAAUGAAUACCAAACUUAGAUAACUUGGGCGAUAGUAUAUGAAAAUGUGUGUUGUAUCAAAAUCAUGUCAUGGGUCAAAUCAGUAAACUUCUGUGUAUGCACACAUAGUAGGAAAAUAAACUGAUUUAGAAAUUAGACUUCAGUUGUUUUCUACAGUUUUAUUAUAGUCUUUUUCCUUGCUAAUAACUUAUUUUUGUGCUUUGGUUAAAUGGAAUGCACUGAUCAAGUAUAUAUAUGAGAUGUUUGUUUAUGAGAUGAUUGUAUCUGUUUUAAUUUGCAGCCAGUGUCUUUCUUGAUAAAAUGUUUUAUUAAGUAAGAGUGAAAAUAGUUAUAUUUAGAAGUUUGAAUUAAAUCCUAUCCAAUCCAGGAACUUGUAGAGUGCCAAUCAAAGACAAUGAUCAGACUGAAAAACUACUGAGUAUGCCAUUUAAUCACGAUUCACCUGGAAAAUACAAACAUCACAUCUAGAAAUGAACCACGAACAGGAGAAAACAGUAGAAGUUCAGGAGCUUAAAAGAGUGCACUAAAGUUAAUCCAAAUAUUUUAGAUUCUCCUAUACCUUUUAAAAAGUAUUAAAAAUUCUGCCCGCAAUGAAUUGAAAAUUCUCCCAGUCAUCCUGUGAAAUCUGAAAAACUCGCGACAUUUUGGAAUGUUUCGUCCAUGUGCACGUUUCUGGAUUUGUGGGGUUUUAAAUAAUAAAUUAUAUGAAUCUUACAAUAUAUGAUUUAUAUUGGUUGCUAUAUCUUUUUUUUUCUUCAAACUUACAAUUUCAAUGUAAAUUUGAUACGUUUCUCGUACAGUACAGCAGUGGAACAUGUGAAACAAAGUCCAAAUGCUGAUCUAUACAAUGUAGGAGGGCUACUGCAUAACAAUGAAGCUUGCAGCUCUCCUUUGUAUCUAAGAAAAUGAGUUGGAAGGGGAUAGAAAAACCUGCAAAGAUCAAAGUACUUAUAUACAUUAUACAUUGUUGUAUUCUUCCGUUAUGUCGCUUUAUUAGGAAAGUAACGUCACAUUUUUAGUAAUAUCUUAUCUGUUCAGGGGGGUGUUUCACUAAGAUCCUAAGUUGGACUCUUAGAGUCAAGUUCGACUUCAGAUCUCUGUGAAACACCCCCAGGUAUGUGUAUUGUAUUUGAGUGGGAUGGUGUAGUGAUCUUGCAUGGCCAAUUUUGAAAGAAUAAAAUAUUGUUAUUCACAAGUU